AUGCGCAGCAGUAUUAUCAUCUGUGUAGCUGCAAUUUUUCUAUCCCUUGUAAAUAUUUUAGCUGCCACACCAAACUUGCCCGUCGAUAGUUAUGCCUUCGUGGACAAGAAAAAUGCAAAAUUGAAUAAAAAGCGCCCAUCAAAACCCCUGCGAAGCAGGCCGGUGAAGAAGGCUGUCUCGCGCCACAAAUAUAACUACAAACCCAAAAAAACAGUCGCCAACGCACCAGCCAAAUCUAACAUUAAGAACCCGAAUGCCAGGCCUAGCAGGAACAAAUUAAGUGGUAAACCCUAUGGUAAUAAGCGGGUGUCUAAGAACCCAAACACGUCCAGGGGCAAAGAUUGGGCCAAAAGUGGUUAUAGUAGUAACAAAACUCACAAACUAAAAAAUAAGAGUGAAUUAAUAAAUUCUGCAGUCAAGGGUGGCCUUAAUCUCGUCACUCCCAUAGGCACUCUAGGAUUGAAUGACUUGGGUGCCAGCAAGGACAAUAACGAUGAUGACGAUGAUGAUUAUGAUGACUUUAUUAGCGGCCAUGGUGAUAAUUCCAGCCAUAAGUCAAGUGGUAAAAUUGCAGGCCUGGCUGCUAACGGCUGGUCCAGUGGCAAAAGGUCUAACGAUCAUGCAGCCAGGGGUCCAAAAUCAGACCUGGAAGAUGAUUAUACAAACGAUGAGGGGGAUGAUGAUACAAAAUCAGACCUGGAAGAUGAUUAUACAAAUGAUGAAGGGGAUGAUUAUGAUACAAAAUCAGACCUGGAAGAUGAUUAUACAAAUGAUGAAGGGGAUUAUGAUACAAAAUCAGACCUGGAAGAUGAUUAUACAAACGAUGAAGGGGAUUAUGAUACAAAAUCAGACCUGGAAGAUGAUUAUACAAACGAUGAAGGGGAUGGCGACAGUGUUCAAGGUACGAAAAAAAAACCAAAGGCCAAUAGUAAGGCUUCAAAUUGUACGCUUGAAUGUCAUAAAAUCGACCGGCCAAAUAAUUAA